AUGUCAAGAAAAGUUUGGAGUUUUGUUAAUAAAUAUUUACAAAAAGAUGAUUUGAAUGUUUAUUCAAAUCAUAACAGAGUAUCGAAAUUUCGAACGGAAAAUGUGAAAGAUGGCAUUAAAGUUACAUAUCGUUGUUCGUCAUGUAGAAAAUAUCCAGAAUGUAGUUUUCAAGUUCGUGCAUUGUUUAAUUCUCAAAAUGAAAUAAUUGUGUCGACAAGUGAUACACAUAAUCAUAAAAAAAGAGCUGAUACAACUCGUGCUCCAAGUCCUGUUCGUGAUAUAAUAUUAAAAUCAGUUGCAACUCGACUUACUCAAGCUCAAGUAAAACGUGCAGUACAAAAUGAAUAUAAUGGUCCAGUUUCAACAACUCAAGUUACAAAUUUAUUGAAAUAUCAUCGUUCAUUAACACGACCUUCAAUGUAUUCGGUGGACGAUUUUAAACAAUGGUGCUUACAACGUGCUGCUAUUCCUCCAAUCCAAAGUUUACAGGAUGUGUUUGUUUCGACAUAUGAAAUAAUAUCAUGUGACAAUCUAUUCAUAUUUUUUACAACUAAACAGUUAAUAUCAGUCGGUGCAUUAUCACGACUUCUUCAAGUAGAUGCUACAUUUAAGCUUAACUGGAAUGAACUUCCAGUUCUUGUAUUUGGCUGUUCGGAUGCUAAUCGUAAAUUUCAUCCAUUUGGAAUUGCUUUGAUUUCAAGUGAUGAAUCUUGUGAUUCUUAUGUUAAAUUGUUCCAAUCGAUCAAAAAUACUGUGUUCAAAGUUACAGGUAUCCAAUAUGAAAUC